CAGCAACAACAGCAACAACAACAGCAACAACAGCAACAGAAGCAACAGCAGCAGCAGCAUCCGCCAUGGCGCAGCGCGAAGGCAGAGGUGAGUGCAGCCUCAGACCGCGAAGGCCCACCGUCUGUGGCUCCGAAAGGGGCCGAGCCCCUUCAGCAGGCACCGUGGAGGAGGCCGUCGGUGCAGCAGGACAAGGAAAAGGAAGUCAGCGCUGCAGAGUCAGCUAAGUCAACCGCUGCCGCACCUGAGUCACUCUUGAGGAAAGGCUUGCCUCAGCAACCUCAGCCUGCUUCAAUGCUCGCUACGCCCGCAGCUGCAUCCAAGCUGCCUCCCCCAGCAACCGCUCCUGUUCUAGACCCUGCAGUCCCUGCAGUCAAGCCAGCAGCUCCCUCAGUUAGUGCAGCCAAGUCAGCAGCCCCUUCAGCUAGCGCAGUCAAGUCUGAAACGCCCGCUCCGGUUACGAGCAAAGGUGCAACGUCCAUCCCUGAAGCCACUCCUUCCACGUCGACUUCCGCCGCAAGCAAACCAGCAUCUCCCGCUCCUCCUGUCAACAAACCCGCCUCUCCCGUGCCUCCUGCCAACCUCCCUGCAUCCCUUGCCCCUGCUGUCAGCAAACGCGCCUCUCCCGCACCUGCUGUCAACCAAGCAGCAUCUGCUCCUGCCAGUCAUCUCGCUACCCUUGCCCCUGCUGCCAGCAAGCCCGCCUCCCCUGCCGUGAAAGAUCCGGCGGGCCCUUCUCUAGCGCCUCCCGCCGCAGCCAAGUCAUCCUCACCUCAGCCUGGCCCAAGUGUCUCAAGGCCCUCCCCUUCGGCGGAUUCGCGAGCGCCCGCGUCUGCCCGGAACGAGCCUGUUGGCAGUAAGGCAGGGACGCCGCCGCGUCCGCCGCCCCCCGCUCCCCUGGUGCUGCCUGAACUGUCUUCCGCCCGCUCACCCACGCCGCCACUGCCGCCCAAACAGACUGCAGCUGAGAUCAUCUCCGCACCGGCCCUGCCCCAGGCCCCUAAGCCCGCAGUCACCUCCGCCACACCGCCCAUUUCGGCAGGUACGGCCGCUCCCACCCCGCUGAGACUCCCUUCACCCUCUGUGCCGUCAGCCCCAGAAAGAUCAGUCGCUACCACAUCAGCAGCCACCCCUCCUUCAGCGCCCUCGGCGACUGCGAGUGAGGCAAAGUCUGCAGCACCUCCGACUGCCCCCGAAGCCAAGAGCAUGUCUGUCGUGGCCCCUCCGCCGCCUGCUACGGCGCCGCUGAUCCCAGCGCCUCCGCCGGAGCCCGAGAGGAAAGUGAAAACCCCCGAGCCCCCGCCGGCGACCGCGAAGCCUUCCGAAGCCGGUCAGGAGGCACCCAGGCCGAGCAGGGCCCCCGACACGAGCGUCCCUCCUCAGCCGGAGUUCCCUCCCCCACCCCCCCUGGAGAAGGACGAGGCCCCAGGCGAGCCAGCGCUACCUCCUCCGCCGGGCUUCUUUCAGGAGGACAGGAUAAAGCCGCCGACGUCCAUCCUGCCCAGCAUCCAGGACGAGGAUGAGAGGGGCGAGGAGGCCGACGACCUUCCCUCUCCCGAGUACGUGCGCCAGUCCGUGAGCAAUCGCAUCAUGGCCUUCGAGAGGCACUCCUCGCGGGACGAGGACUCUCCUCCGAGGGAACGCCCUGCAGCCUCCGGCCCCGUGCGCCCUGUCGCCCCCUGGGUCAAGAGGACCUCCUCCGGCCCCGUCCAGCAGGCAGGCUACUGGGACAUGACCUCGCCCGAAGACCAGCCGGACGACGCGUGGCCCGACCCGCCGAGACCCCCCCACGAACCCGAAGCAACGAAAGCCCCGGCCAGACCAGUGGCGUCGACGAAGAUCCCGGCAGCCCCUUCGCCGCCUCCUGCUCCCGCCUCCUCCGCCCCGGCCGCCGCCCCCGCCGCUGCACCGCCGUCUUCAGGGAAGGUCUUACAACCCCAGGAGCCUUCCCCUGCAGCUAGGGUCACCGCCUCCCCCCGCGCCAAGGUCAUAGGCCCCCCCCCGCGCCCCGCCGUCGAACGCAAGCGCUCCACGUCGCUCGGGGAUUAUCACGCUCACUACAUCACUCCCGACGCAGAGCCGCGCCGAGGAGCCAGGAUGCCAGCCGACGGGACCCCGGCCGUGAGCCCCCCCCUCGCCCAGCCCACCACCCCCCCUAAGGAGAAGGAUGACCCCCUGUUCGACCCCUGGUGUGACCCCAAGAACCCUAAGGUCAUCAAUUUCCAGGACGUGAGUGCCGCCGCCUUCAAGAUCAAAUCAGGCAUCAUGAACACGCCAUGCACUCGCUCUCACAUGUCCAGCAUCACCGACAUCGAGAUUUACUUCAAGAAGGAGUUUAAUCAGUUCACCGGAAGCUUCAAGGAACGCGGUGCUCGCUACACACUCCUGAUGCUAGACGAGAGCCAGAGGAAGAAGGGCGUCAUCGCAGCCUCCGCGGGCAACCACGCCCUCGCUCUCUCCUACCACGGCCAGGACCUGGGCAUCCCCGUCACUGUGGUGAUGCCCCUAGUGGCCCCCAUCAUGAAGGUGCAGGCGUGCCGGCAGUACGGUGCCAACAUCAUCGUCAAGGGCAGUGACAUCGGGGAGUGCCGGGAGAUCGCACUCAAGAUGGCCAAGGAGCAGGAUCUUCUGUAUAUUAAUGGAUACGACCACCCGCACAUCCUCGCCGGCCAGGGCACGAUGGGGCUGGAGAUCGUGGAGCAGGUGCCCAACAUCGACGCCGUGGUCAUCCCUGUGGGCGGAGGCGGACUCAUCGCGGGCGUGGCGCUGGCGGUCAAGGCGCUGCAUCCACACGUGCAAGUCAUCGGCGUAGAAGCCGAGCGGUGCGCCAGCUUCAGCGCCGCCCUCAAGGCCGGCCAUCCCGUCUACGUGAAGGCGGAGUCCACGCUCGCCGACGGCCUGGCGGUGCCCAAGGUCGGCGUCAACGCCUACGCCACGGCCGCGCCGCUGGUCGAUAAGGUGGUGACAGUGCGGGAGGAGUGGAUCGCCAUCUCCAUCCUCCGCCUGGUGGAGCACGAGAAGGCCGUGGUGGAGGGAGCCGGAGCCACCGCCCUGGCCGCCGUCCUCGCCGGGGAGCUUCCCGAACUGAAGGGCAAGAGGGUUGUAAUACCACUAUGCGGAGGCAACAUCGACACCACCAUCCUGGGGCGCUGCCUGGAGCGGGGCCUGGCGGCGGACGGACGCCUCGUCAAGUUCACCGUCACCGUCAGCGACAGACCCGGAGGUAUUGCUGAACUGACAAGACUUCUGGCCAACUUAGGCGUUUCCAUCAAGGAUAUGUUGCACGAGCGAGCCUGGAUUAAAAACGACAUCUUCAGUGUUGAGGUGAAGGUCAUGGCGGAAACUCGAGACUAUGAGCAUUACCUGGAGCUUCGAGCUGCCCUGUACUCCAGGUACCAGCACGUCCGCUUUGCCAACGCCGAUCAGAUCCAUGACUAGCGUGAGUCGUCCUGGAGCCUCGGGAAAGAGAGUGAAGCUUCAUGGCUGCCGUGAUUCAUGUGGUAAAUCUGAGAUUCGUGGCUAAUUUAAGACUUUGUAUAAUAGGGAAUCGUGACUAUUAUGUUUUUGUGUUGGGGGGGUAUAAAGCUUUCGAGAAGGAAAUGACGAUUUAUGUCAACUAUUAGUUGUUAUGCAGCCCUCUGUAGGUAGAGAAUGGAAAGAUAGAAUAUUAUGUUCUUAACUAGCGUUCGUAGAUCUUGGUAGAUCCACUGGAGGCGAAACCCUCUGUUUUGUGGUUUCAGAUAUAUGUAGCCUUCGAGAAGCAGGCGAAGAGUGUCGGGAUUCACAGCCAGUAAAGAGACAGUUAUUGAUUUAAGACCUACAGAACUUCAGUAAAAAAAAAAAAAAAAAAAAAAAAAAAUGUAAUAUUUGUCAAAGUUAUGCGUAUCUUUUGCAAGAGCUUCUUUUGAACGUGUCUAAUUAUUUAGACAAUAAACAGCCAAUGACUAUGGAGGAAGAAAAUGAAAUGGCAAUUCAGCACACAGAGAGAUAUAUAAAAGAAAGGCAGUUUUGCAGUUAUUGUGUCACUGAUUACAGUACUUUUAUUUUAUGGAUUAGGAUCAGUUAGGACAGUUCAAGAUAUGGCGUCUGGUAUAUGAAGGCUGGACCAGAGAUACCCAGACAAUGACGCGACUGUCCCCUGCUUUGUGUGUCCCUUCGCCCAUUGUAUGACCCUCCUUUUUUCUCGACAACUGCCUUGCUUUAAAAGAAAAAUCUUGCCCCGUUAUUUUGUUCUUUUCUUAAUGUAUAAAAAUAGAUGUUGGAGUGCUUAGGAUAGUCACAGUUUUGUUGUGAUUAUUAUAAGCUAAAAUAAACCUUGUUUUUUUUUAGUAGUACCUUUUAAUGUGUUUUUUCAUAUUUUAAAAUGUGUUGUGUAAUCUUAGAUCAUUCAGACCAGCUCCUCCAUGUGAUGGUCGAGCUAAGAAAAAUAAUAAUAAUUUAAUAUAUAUAAUACUACUAUGAGUAUUACUUACGUGUGAGCAUUCGAACGAGGAUGAAUAUUCUAAUGAGAUUUUAUGAAUAGUGAUUGUGAACGUACAUGAUUUUACAUGUAUAUUAUAAGUGUGAGAGGGUAUUAUUGCCCAGAAAUAAAGUUAUGAUCCAUGCAUCUCCUAUGACUGUAUUCAGUACAAAGAAGACCAUUGCAAAUGCACGCCACGUAUGCAAUAACUCUCUGUGAUCAGCAUUAUUUCCUAGUUUUUCCUACCGUCUCAUUUAUAAUGCAAAUAAAAAGGAAAUGCACUUCUUUUGAAGUUAUAUUUUGCUGCUCAUAUUAACAUGUAAAUGGUCACAUUAAGAAUAACUUGUACUUCAGAUUUAUAUUUAGACUGCCAAUAAAUUCAUAGAAGGCU